CGGCGGCAAGAGGUGUACAUAAAUAUAUAUAAAAAUAAUAAUAAUAUCCAGUUUGUUGUUUAUUUUCUCUCUCUCUCUCUCUCUCUCUUUUUUUUUUUAUAUAAAAUUGUUUAAACACGAUGGCAGAUGAAGUGUAUGAAAUGACACGGUCGCAUUCGACUGCUUCUCGGUCAACGGAUCAACCAAGUAGCAUAUACGAUGGUCCAGAGGAAGAAGCCAAUCUAUUAAACAAGGAAGACGGAUCCGAUUCUGACAAUGAUGAUGAUGAAGAAGAGACAGAAGAAGAUGAGGCAUGGGCCAUUAUUGUCGAUGAAGACACCGUCGAUGGUAUACAUGACUAUGAGAAAGAUAAUCCAACACUACGUUAUGCAUGUAUUGGAUUUGCCAUUGGCCUAUUGUUCAUUAUAUUCAGACUGGCCAUGGCAAAAUUCGCACACGACCCUAACCAUACUGAACGAGGAGCGGAAAAGUUGUAUUACAAUGGCUCGGAUUAUUUCGCUUCCACUGUCGUCUUGAUCUCCUUUGAUGGAUUUCGUCCUGAUUAUCUAAACAGAGGUCUUACACCUCAUCUUAAACAAUUUGCUGAGAGUGGUAUCAGUGCUAAAUACAUGAAUCCUGCCUUUCCUCCUAGCACAUUUCCAAAUCAUUGGACCUUAGUAACAGGUCUGUAUCCUGAAGCCCAUGGUAUUGUCGCCAACCUUUUUUACGACCCACAAUUAGAUGCUGUCUUUAGUCAUGCCAAUGCUACUUCCACUGCUGAUCCUCGAUGGUGGAAAGGCGAGCCGAUUUGGGCUACCUCAAGGAUGCAUCGACAAAUUACGGCUUCCAUCAUGUGGCCAGGAUCAGAGACAAAUUAUAAUCCACCGGAUAUGGUAGUCAAAUACAAUGGAUCCAUGACCACACAUGAAAAAAUGGAAAGGACCCUUCACUGGUUGGAUUUACCUUAUGAUCAACGACCACGUAUGAUUACCAUUUAUUGUCCACAGAUUGAUCAAGAAGGGCAUAAAUUUGGUCCCAACAGUCCCAAGUUGAACAAAUAUAUUUCAGAGGGAGAUGAAGCGAUUGGUUUCUUUUUAAAAGAAUUAGAAAGGAGAAACCUAGAGGGACAUGUCCAUACGGUGAUCGUGAGUGAUCAUGGCAUGACAGAGACGCGAGACAGCAAAUUAAUCUACUACGACGAUAUUCUCUCACCGGAAUUAUUAGCUCAUGUGGGAGACCGUGAAGCACUUCCUUUACUGGAUUUGCGGCCCAAUGCCAAAGCACCAGUCGACACCGUGAGCAAGAUCUAUCGUGCUUUACAAAAUUACACCGUCACCGAAGAGGAACCCCAUUUCAAGGUAUAUUUACGAGAGGAUGUACCCGACCGAUUUCACUAUCGCAAUUCAACACGAAUUACACCCAUUGUGGCCAUACCAGAGAUUGGCUAUUCAUUUGUAACGCAUGCACAGGUGGAGGCACAACAGGGUGGAUUUCGUUUGGGAGGAAACCAUGGUUACGAUAACUUGGAAGAUGAUAUGCGAGCCAUCUUUAUGGCCCGUGGACCUAAAAUCGAUCGCGUCUAUAAACCCGGAUCCAUUUUGGGUCCAUUUUUCAAUAUUGAAGUGUAUAAUUUAUUGACAGAGUUGCUUAAUAUGGAUGCAGCACCGAAUAAUGGUACUUUGCAUGCGGAUUUCCCUGUGAUUUUUGCACCGCCCUUUUAAAAAAAAAAAAAUAAUAAUAAUAAUAAUAAAAAAAUAUAUAAUUUAUUGCUUAAA